CCAAAACCCAACUUGUCUCUUGACAACCCACAGCUACUACAACAACAAACAACAAGGCCAUUCCUUGGCAGACUCGACGCUCAUCCACUUUCUUUUUAAACACCAUCAUCAUCAUCCAGACCUCUACCGCACAGGACAGACAGGAUGCCUAAGAACAAGGGAAAGGGAGGAAAGAACCGCAGGCGUGGCAAGAACGAGAACGACAAUGAGAAGCGUGAACUUACCUUCAAGGAGGAUGGCCAGGAGUAUGCGCAGGUCGUGAAGAUGCUCGGAAACGGUCGUCUCGAGGCGCAGUGCUUCGACGGCACGCGUCGACUUGGAAACAUCCGUGGAAAGCUUCGCAAGAAGGUCUGGAUCAACCAGGGCGACAUCAUCCUGCUGUCGCUGCGUGAUUACCAAGACGACAAGGGCGAUGUCAUUCUCAAGUACACCGCCGAUGAAGCCCGUUCCCUCAAGGCCUACGGCGAGCUCCCCGAGACCGCCAAGAUCAACGAGACCGAUACCUUUGGCGGCGGCGAGGACGGCGACUGCGCAUUCGAAUUCGACGAGGACCGCGACUCCGAGAGCGGCGAAGAAGGCGGUGCCGUUGGCAAGGAUAUCGAGAUUGACGAUAUUUAGACCUGGUCGGUCUGGCCGUAUGCCGGCUGCGUCGUGGCCCCCUUCCCCCCCCCCCCCCUCCUCCCUUCUUCUUUUCCCUGUUUCCCUUUAGGAAACUGGCCACAGUUGCACAUGGAAGAGUGGGGUUCAGAGGAGCAGGGGCCGGGCACAAAGGCGCAGGAAGAACUGUCUUCUCUCUCUCAAACCUCGAUUCUGUUCCGCAAGGAAUGAAGACUCGAGGUUCCUCGACAGUUGAUAGACGACUGGGAUGGGAGGGACGUCCCGUGUCGGUGGGGAGGAAAAAGAAACCAAACAACAGCAUACACCUUUUAUGAAUCUUCUUGAUGACAUGAAUUUCUUAUCCGUCUUCUGUCCGAGGAGGAAUGAUCACUUCUUCUUUCAAUUUCCGUCUCCAUUCGGCGCAAUUAGUGUGAUCGAGCGCUAUAUCAAAAAGGGGCUUGCAUGGAGGCACUGGUCGACAUAGUUCAUAAAACGUCAUGAGACCUUGGUAGACCGUAAUGAGAGGCUAUCUGCUG